CAUCCAAAGCGGUGCGUUCAUUGGUUUAUCAAUUUAGGCCCCGCCUACUUGCGGAAGCGCGCAAUGUUCGUUUUUCCGUACCUCCGUGACGGAGAAUAAAAUGAAGACUUUUGUUCGUGUACAUGGUUUAAACCUUUAGUGAGGCUCAACGUGUGUGAAUUGACCUCUGAAGAUGGGAGUUGUAUCACCUGAUAAGUUUUAAUCGUCCCUGAGACUUUUUCGCGUGGAGUUGUACGACGAAGAGGUGUGAUGGAGGUGGACAUCUUGGAGUUUGUGGUGCCGGUGGAGAACAACAAAUGUGUCUUUGUAUGGGACAUUGAGGCAAACUUCACGGAGGCUCGCAUCUAUGAGGGCUUGUAUGCCAUCUUCUCCUCCUUCGGACCCUUGUACCUGCUCAAGGUGUGCCCUAACGCCCCCACGAGCGCGCCCGGCUUCUACGCCCUCAUCAAGUUCUACUCUGCUCUUCAUGCCCAAAAAGCCCAGCAGCACACAGAUGGACGCUCACUCUUCCAGAACUCUCCUCUCAAGGUGAGGCUCAGCUCCAAGCGGGGACCUCACUUCCUGUCCCGCUGGAGACCUCUGAGCCACGCCCACUGUGUGGAGUUGGCCAAUCAUUGCCUGGGAUUCAACGGCUGGACCUCGGACAUCAUCACACUGAAGGAGCUUCCUGCUGAUGAAGAGGAGGAAGAAGAGGCUGAGGGCGGGGCCAAGCGUCAACAGCUGAGGUUGGGCUGCCUGCUGCAGCUGUCCUUCCCCCGUCAUGGCGUGACAACCCGGGGAGUGGCGCUGGUGGAGGACAAUGUCACCUGCGCAGGUCCUGAUGUAGUGUUGCAGACGCGCCGUAAGCUACACAGAAUGGCGAGAGACAAAGCGCUGAGUCAGGCCUUUUCUGCAGUUCUGCUGGUGCUGCUAGGUGACGGCAAGGUGAUGGUGGAGUUGCGACAAACGUCAGAGCAUCUUUUCUCUGAGGACACUGUGGGAUUGGUCCAGGUCAGAGACUGGGACCAGGCGACGCUGUUUCCUGCUGAAGAAGACGAGUGUGGUGAUGAAGACCUGGACCUGACUGUGUGGUAGACACCUGGAGCGACGUCUCUGCACCAGCACAGAGCCCGAAUACCCGCCGUCCCCGCUGUCCUUGAAAAUGAGGCGGGGCUUGAGGCCGGUGACAUCAGCAGCCACCGUGAAGUGGACGUCUGGCCAAUGGCGAGAUCGUUUUGGAAAUACACGUAGAAGAAGAUUAAUGUCGCAAAUAAAGGUCAAAGAUAAAUGUUAAAAACUAAAUGUGUAAAAUCAUCAUGUAGAACUGCAAUUUUUAAACUGAGGUACAUGUACCACUAGUGGUACAUAUGCUCCAUCUAGUGGUGGGCUAAGGAAUCACUUCAUUAAAGUACAAUGUUUUGUUUUUUCUACAUUCAAACAUUGUGUUACUGUUCAAACUGCCGGUAAUGAUACAGUGGCCAAAAAUAUUAUAUAUACUAGUUAGAUAAAACCUCUGCCUUGUUUUUAAUGAAUACUGAGGCGUACUUUGCUACUGUAUUUUAAUAUUGGUCAUUAUGGUGGAUCUUGGAGAGCCAAGUGUUUUCUGAGGUGGCACUUGGUGAAAAAUAUUUGAAAACCACUAAUGUGGAAGGUUAAUGUGGGAAAUAAAUGCCUAAUAUACUGUAAAUGUUAAAAACUCAAUGUGUAAAAACAAUUGAAAUAAAUGUUAAAUAUAAAAGUUUAAAAUGAAUGUAG